AAAAACCACACAUUCUUACUUGUCGAUUGGGCGCUGAAAGUGACAAAGGCGUGAUGAGAAAUUCCACUUCACAUGGUGAUUGUGAGAAAGAAGAGUCGACCUACAUCAACUUUCAACCGAAAUCACUGUCCUUCAAGUUUGUUAUGCUAUUUGAGAUGCCAAAGAAUUUACCGAACACACCAAUACACAUUCACGACUAUCACUUUGGGGUUGUUCAAUCCGAGGUCAUUGUUUACAAGGAAAAUCUACACCGUAACAAAUCAAUCUUACACAUGGAACAUCUUACAAGUAAAUCAAGGUGUACUGCAAACCUGGAUGACCUAGACCCAAAACCUGACAGCCCUAUAGAGUGUAGCUACGUUCUAUUUAAUCAAUCUGCAUGGUUCCUGAAAAACGGAGAACGGCUCUGUCUCUCAUACAAAGCAAACAGUGGGGGAUACAUGAGGUACAAAAACUUCGAUGGUCACGUCUUCCCUCCAGUUACCUACAACAGAGUCACAGCUUCGAAAGAUGUAUGUCUUCUAUUCGAUUCCUCCCCACCUGUGCAUUGUAGUGAAAAUUCGUCUUGUCCCGGUAUGGAGCCUAUAUUGAUUUUACCUGGGAGAUUGACAAGGGAUGAAACUUUGAACAUAAAAAUGCAAGGAUGGGAAGAUCCCUAUCUUGGUAGACCUGACCAAGCUUCUGGUAUAAAGAGUUAUAUGAUAACUGUACAUGAUACGAAGGAAGUUGACAAUCUUACACUAACAAUGGAUGAAAAAGCUCUUCAAACUUAUAACGUUUCUGAUGGGGAAAUCAAUUUAACACUGCCGCGCCAGCCAGCUCUUUAUGGCAUCUCAGUGGAAAUUUUGGAUCAUGCCGGAAAUGUGAAGUCCGCAAGAAGAUUUGUUAUGUUUGACAAUUCGUCUGAGAUAUUGAUCAAUCAUGAUAAACGCAUUAAGGUUUAUUCGGCGAGCUCACAGACAAAUUUCACAUGGCAGACUCGUAAAGGAAAGACAUGUUUUUCUUGGAAAAACCGAUACUAUAAUUCGUACAAUCAUGGAUACAAUCUGCUUCGUAAAAUACAAAAGGAUUAUCACGGAGUGUAUCAGGGUGUAUACGAACAAAAUGAUGGGAUUUUACCAGUUUCAGGAACUGCCAAUAUAUUUGGAAUAGUGUCAUUUUUUUAUUCGUGGUUUAAGGAAGGUAGAGAAAUGUCGUCAAACGUAGUAAUACCUAAUUUUCCCACCCAGUACUUCUGUACUGAUCUUGGAGUUCAGGAUGGAGAAACACACACUAUAACGCUGACUUCGAAAGACUUAAUGAAGAAUAUGCUUUCUGAAAAUGUUACCUUUUACAUCGACACCAGUGUACCUGACAUUGAAUAUAUGUGGCUUAAAAAGGAUGGGGUGCGUCAGUUGUUUGUUCAUAAUUCUACGGAUCUUUCUAACAUGGUUCUAGAAUUUAAAACCUUUGAUUCACACAGUGGUCUUCAUUCCAUAGAAUAUUUCCUUGGUACAUCUCGUGGUGGGAACGAGCUUGCAUACAAAACGACUGCAGUACAGACAUCAGACGAUAAGACUUGCAGUUCCAUACAACAUUGCUACUGUCCAAGUGUUGGGCUUUGUGAAAAUUCCGUUUAUAACAUUGAAUUCAAUCACCUGAUAAAGAACAAUACAAAUAUUGGACAGCACAAUAGGGAAUAUUACUUUACAGUCAAAGUAACAAAUACGGCCAGGUUAGUAACUAUCCAACAUGUGGAUAUUCUUUCUGAUGAUUCGCCUCCUGUUAAAGGCGUUGUCGUUGAAGGAGAUGAUGGAUAUCCAGAUAUUGAUUACACUAGUGAAAAAUCAGUCAAUGUCAGAUGGAAUGGCUUCAUAGACCAUGAAAGUGGAAUAAUGAAGUAUCGUGUAAGUAUCGGCGACCACUGCCUUACACUUGACGAAAUGAAUGCCUAUUCCCACGACUCACCGAAGAUUCAUGACACAUAUGAAUCUUUAGAACAAUUUUUAAAAAUAGAUCUACCAUAUGAUGGUCUGUAUUUUGUUUCUGUGAUUGCCUAUAACAACGCCUUGGAGCCAUCUGAUGUCGCUUGCUCUGAUGGAGUAACACGAGAUUCUUCACCAGCCAGAGUCACUGACGUUGUUUUACAAACAUCAAGAGCAAAGUCUGUGAUUGGAUGCUAUGAUAACAAGACUUGGUUCAUUCAAGAAAAUUUAACAGCAUUCGAGCUUGAAUACACUGGAAAAUGUAAAGAGAUUUGUAACGGUAGCACAUCUAUGCCACUUGUCCAAUACCUUCCAAAACGUAAUCGUUAUGCGAACCAUUCUGCAUUUUCUGAGAACAUGUGCAGCAAAUUUCCAAUUUUCACAGAAAACUGGUUUAUCUAUCUUCCGUUUGAUAAAAUCACAUUAACUUGGACUUUGGAAGAGCAAGAGUCACAGAUUCAUAGUGUGCAUGUAGGAUUUGGCUCCACUGCAUCAUCGAGUGCAAUGCCAGAUUUGAUAUCUUAUUUAGAAACUGAUAAAUUGGAUGAAUAUCACAAGAUGCAUUCGGGUUUAGAUCUGGGGACGCCAGUGUUUGCUUUUAUUCAAAUUAUUAACAAAGCUGACUUGAAAACUACUGUGCGUUUUGGUCCAUUAAUCAUAGAUGAAACACCACCGAUGUAUAGAGGUAAAUUGAACGUCUUCACAGAACCCGAAGACGUCAUUGUUGCGUGGAAUAGUGAUACCUUUUUAGAAGCAGAAGAAAUAGAACCAAUACACUCAAUGCUCUUCCGUAUUGGAGCUGGACAAACGAUCCAAACGCCUUACCUAGAAGCUAGGAUAGAUAAAAAUUGUCCAAGGAAUUCUUCGGCUUGUUUUAGAUACCCACUAAAUCGUGUAUACAGGCUUAACUCUGGAAACGAUCUCAAAUACUACUUUCAACUUUAUGUCUACAACACAGCAGGACAUUUUGUUGAAAUUCGAACUGACUCGUUUCAAAUACCAGCCCGGUAUCCUCCUGCCUCUGGGACACUCAUCGAAAUGGAUUCAGAACACUCUCUUAAAGCCGAAGACGUUGAUUUCUUCUUUCAAAACAAUAAAAUAUGCUUUGAAUGGAACGGUCUUUGGCAUACCCAGAAUGUUUCUUUAGAAAUAGGACUUGGUUCAUCAACAAAUGUCGCAGAUGUCGUAUUUUUCCAUAAUAUAACAGAACAUACUAAAUGUCUUUAUGAUUUAAAGCUGUUGCCUUUCAAAAAGUACUACACAUUCGCACGUGCCACCAUUGGUCAUCACUCAACUGUGAUAGUGUCGGAUGGAUUUACUGUUAUAGACAACUCAAGUAUCUCAAAUUCUCUCUCUGUUCAAAGUGGAACUCCAUGCAGGUCGAGAGCCAACAAACAUUCAGUCAAUAUUACAGGAACUCCGAACUCAUUCUCAGUGGAAAGCAUUCUGCAAGAGACUAAAGUUUAUACAAUUGUGGGAGACGUGAAUUCGGUAGUUAGUAAAGACGUGGUAUGGAUAAAUAGCUUACGGCACCAGUUCGUCCCAAUUGUUCCCCAUCCUUCAUUUCAUACAACUAAUGUUAGCAAUCUACAUAAUGUAUCCAUUUUGUCUUGCCAAGAAGGAAAACGUUUUCAGACGAGCAAACAUACUUUUGACGUAUUUUGGACUAUUGAUGAUGACAAAGCUAACCUUAUUACCCAUUAUAAAGGAGGUUUGUUUAAACUUAACAACGAUGGAUUAGAGACUCUCGUAGAACCACUAAAAGCAUUGAGACAUAUUUCACAUUUUCAAUUUAAUAGCCUAAAUUUACAAGGAAACCAAGCUUAUUAUGCAUAUAUUCAACCCUGUUUCCAGAAAACGUGCUUACUUGGAAAGUCGUCGGAAUCUGUUGUAAUAGAAGACUCUAUCAAGCCUCUGAGAGUAAUCGAAGCCUCUAUGAUCGUGAGAAAGAGUGACGAAAACCGAGUAGUUGAUGUAAACCUUAAAUUUGAUACGUUAGAGUGUGGUGCAUCUGGAAGAGCCUUACGAUAUGCGACAGCUUUGCUUGACACACACAAGCAUAAAAACCAAAUAACGCCAUGGAUUCCAUUUUCUCCUGAUUCUCUGUUGCAUAGCAUAAAUUACAAUCUUACAAUCGUAUUGCCUGUUUAUGGGUAUAAGGAAAUGGAUAUUUGUGUGAAGGGAAUCUGUACAUCAGGACGAUCAACCACCUCCUGUAAACGUAUGGAUAUACUAUCAAAUCCAAAUGAAUUUUCCGGAUCCACCCUGUACGAAAUAGAUUUUAACUCUAAAAACUAUCACGAUAUUGCAAAACUAGCAAACAGUCAAUUUCUUGGAGAUAAAUUACAACUUGUUCACGAUAGUGAGAUUGAUGUGACGUCAACUGAUAGAAAGAUAUAUGGGUUUCUCGGCGGGGGAGCGGGAAAAUCCAUCCAAUGGUAUCUCCUGAAGAAACCAUCGUUACCGAAACUAACCUGUGAAGCUGAUUUAGACUGUCUCCAGUCUUCAGAAUCAACAGACGGGAUAGGGAGGUUCAACACACAGCGGCUUCUACCCAACAAAAAAUAUUUCAUAUGUGCCUUUACCAAAAAUUCAAGUAUUAGUCUAGAACACACGCUGUCACAUUUGAAAGGCGUUACCCUGUGUGGAAAUGGUUUUGUUAUAGAUGAUUCACCGCCUAAUGCCGGAAAAAUCGACAUUCUAAGUAGUAAUCAAGAAUUUAUAACAAACAACAAGGAGUUGGAAAUACAUUGGUCGGGCUUCUCUGAUAUUGAAAUGAAAGUUAAAGAUGUGGAAUCUGGAAUUCUAAGAUACGAGAUCUGCAUAGGUUCUUUUCAAGGUGGUCAAGAUGUUUUACAGUUCAGAAAUGUUGGUUUGCAGACAUCAUUUAUCAAAUCCGAUUUAAAUUUGACUAAUGGAAUGACGUAUUUUGCAACAGUCAAAGCAUUUGACCGGGCUGGCCAUGUUACAGUCGUGUCAUCUUCUGGGAAAACAUUAGAUAUCACCCCACCGGAAAUUGGGAUGAUAUCAGUUGAAUAUCCUCGACCCAAAAUAGGGGUGUUAUCAACAAAGGAUCUGUCAGUAAACUGGGAGGGAUUUUUGGACGAGGAGAGUGGUGUAAAAGAAUUUUAUAUGGGUGUUGGUUCCACGAAUACUUCUACAGAUAUUUUGGACUUCAUAUCUGUGGAUGGAGAGUUUGCUGAAAUCAAACAUUCGGAUUCUAUGGUCGAUGGAUAUCAAUAUUAUGUAAUCCUGAAGACUAUUAAUCAUGCAGACCUACAUACCAUUACAUCAUCUGGAUCAUUCAUCUUUGACAGAUCACCACCUCAACAUGGGCUUGUAGAAGACGGUCUAGAGGAUGAUGUUAAUUUUCAAAAUGACACGAGGAAAUACCUAUGUCACUGGUCGGGUUUUGUUGAUCCUCACACAGGAAUUCAGUAUUAUGAAGUGUGCAUUGGGACAAAACCAGUCAUCUGCGAUGUAUAUCCAUCCACUAACGUCGGACUUCAUACGGAUUUUACAUGGAGCAGUGUUUUUGAACCUGGUCUUAAAUACUUUGCUACCGUCAAAGCAUGUAAUCCUGGAGGAUUGUGUAACAGUGUAUCCUCGAAUGGAGUCAUCAUGGACGAUUCACCUCCGAUCCCUGGACUGGUACAUGUUGGAUCAAGUGGAUUCCACGAACCUUUUAUACCUCAUAACAAUUCAAUUUCAGCAUCGUGGGUUGGUUUUGUGGAUUCUCAUUCUGACAUUAGCCAUUUUGAGUGGUGUCUAGGUACAUCCCCGGGACACUGUCAACUCGUAAAUUUUGAAGACGUUAUGCUGUCCAAUAGAGUAACGAAAACGGGACUUCAAUUGCCUUCAUCAACCGACCUCUACUUCACACUACGAGCGUUUAAUCGUGUCGGCUUAUCAACAGUGCGUACAUCUGCAAAAUUUCAGGUUGAUGUUACUCCACCAGUUUUGAUCCAAAAGCCUGAAUUUAUUACCAGGUAUCAUGGACUAUCACUGGUACAAGGGACACAAUUUGACAAUUCUUUGAUAACAGUCCAAUGGCGAUUUCAAGAUUUGGAGAGUUCCAUAGUCAAGCAUCACGUGGUUCUUGAGCUCACUGGCAAUGGACAUGUCGUGUUUAAAAAUAAGGAAAUCGGUAGUCAAACACAUAUUACGAUAACGUCUCCAAAUUCUACAUUUCUGAGAGAUGGGGAUUCAUAUGUUGCUAAAAUCACCAGCUGCAAUGGCGCUGGUUUAUGUAUAACCGCAAAAUCUGCUAAGCUUCUCGUUGAUUCAUCUCCACCAUCACUUGGUGGAUUUAUGAAUCCGAUGUCGUGGCACAAUACAGAAAAUGUCACCAUGGUUAGCUUAGCAUGGUACGGUUUUACCGAUAUUGAGUCGGGAGUCCAAAAAUAUUUGAUUAGUGUUAGCGAGUCAUACUCCGGAGAUGAAUUGUCGAAUGGUUUAAUUUUUGUUGAGCAUUCUAACAAUUUCCAACAAACAUUGUCAUUGAAUUUGUCAAAGAAACUCGAUAGUAAUGACAUAAUUGUGUUAACCGUAGCUGGAAUUAAUAAGGUUGGUUUGCAAAGUGCUGUUGGAAAGGUGUCUGUUAUUCUUGUACCAAACAAUAGUAAUAAAACUCGGGGAUUUCUUGCACUUCAGCGGUAUUCCUGUGUCUCUCAUUACUGUAGUAAUGAUUGUACUUGUGCAGUGAUAGGUAAGAAGUGCAUAAACAAAAUCAAUGCACAGUGUACAGAACUCCAGAAUGUCACAAAAACCAUGCUUAAUAUUUCUGUACAUUUUGGACUUUAUCCACUCUCUUCCGGAAUGACUGCAAGUUCUUCUUGUCUAUCAGGAUUUUGGGAGAAAGUAAGGGAGUUGAAAAGAACAGUUAUGCGCUACGAGUGGAGCGUAGGAGAAAGCGGAGAGAUUCCAGGUAGUGGAAUAUUUGACCCAACUAAAGAAGUCGUAUGGAAUGACGUUGGCAUUUCCCAAACUAUAGUUUACUGUCUACCACAUAAUAAACGACUACAUCAUAGUCAUCGUUACACACUAUACGUAAAAGCAUGGGUAUCCGAAAGUGAGUUCGUUGUCUUUUCCUCAAAACCUAUAUUGGUUGACAUAACACCUCCUCAGGCAAGACGUGGUCACUCAGUCAUUGAGUCAGAAGAUUCCUGUGUGAGCGAUAUCGAUUUCAUUCAAACAUCAAAAAAGUUCAGCGUAUGUUGGAAAGAUUUAUUCUCAGAAGGACAAGGGAAAAUAGUUUCAUAUGAAUUUAGUGGAGGAACAAGACCCUUCGGUGAUGAUUUUAUAACAAGAACACCUGUGAAUGUAUCCACCUCUAAAGAAGUUAAUCAGACAAUGGUACCAGGAACUAGGUAUUUCUUCACCAUCGUUGCUAAGAACAAUCUGGGCUUGGAAACCACUGCAGUGUCCGACGGGAUACUUGUUGAUAGUGACCGCCCUGUGCCUGGCACUGUGUACAACACAAAACAUUUUCGGAACCUUUUAUAUCAGUCCUCAAUCACUACACUUUCCACAUCAUGGCAUGGGUUUGAAGAUCAUCAGUCUUCUGUUCAAUUUUAUGAAGUAGGUGUCUUUGAAAACGACAGUGAUGUUAUAAUCCGAAGAGAUGAAUCGGUUUCCUUGUCAACUCAAUUUACAUUCAGUAACCUGACGUUGAAACAUAAUAGAAAUUACCACAUCAAAGUGCGAGCAUAUGAUGCAAUGCAUCGAUCAUCUCCAUAUGUAAAUUCAUAUCCAAUCAAAAUCGACAACACGCCACCAUAUGGUGUUCAAUGUCAGUCAUUUGAAGAAUCGGUAUUUAAGUUUUCUUCAAUUUUGAAACAUAGAGACGUGCAUGGCUUACAGAAUACUAUCGUGACAGGUCUUUUUAAAGCUAGCAAGAAUGAUAUUUACAAGAUAAAAGUUAAUAUUCUCGGAGAAUUGCACUUUAACACAUUGAAAUUGCACAUUGGUAACGAAACGAUGAUGUUAUUUAUGACGCGAAAUGUAGACUCAACAUCCUCUGUAGAACAUCAGUUUUUGUCCAUUUAUGAAGGAUACGUUGACAUAAGAUUUACAAUAUCAAGCCGACAGAACAUACCCGAUGAAAGUAUUCUGGUACUCCUUGAACACUGUAACUUAUCUGCAAUCAGUACAUCUCCAUUAAUGGUACGUCAAAUAGGUCCGGGACUCUUAUAUGUCUGCAGUUUUGUUUUCGAUCCUGAAAGCGAUAUCCAAGAUUCCUUAAUUGGCGCUGGAACAACCAGAGGAGGAUAUCAAGUGAGACCCUUAGCUUCCCUUUCUAAAUCAAACCAUGGUGUGAUAGAAACUGACGCUCCACAUGGCAGUCGAAUCCAUCUCACAGCUAUGGCAAGAAACUACGCCGGUUUGUGGUCAACGUUUCAACAAGAAAUAACUUUAGAUUAUACUGCGCCAAUUCUUGGCAAUUUGACUGUAGAUGUACGAAAUAUUCCAAUAGGGGGUGAUAUUGAAAUCCCAACAAACAGAAAUGGAAGUGUUCAAGAGAAUAACACAAUGAUUACCAUACCUUCCGAAUCGCUUGUAAUCAAUACGGUCUCCAAAACUGAAGUUGUAGUAACUUGGAAUAUAAAGGAAGAGGAAAGCGGACUCUUAUCGUGUUAUUGUACUUCUGGUCCUUUACGAAGUGUACGGUCGAGGGUAUGGCAAAUAAGUCCCGAUAAUGUGAAGUGUAAAUUAUCAAAUAUGACCUUUGAGCAUGGUACAACAAUAUCAGUUUCCGUCAAAUGCGUAAACAAAGUCCAGCUUAUGGCAGAAGAAAUGGCAGGACCUUUCACAAUAUAUCAUGAACCACCAAAGGUUACACAUGCCUCACUCUCAUUUUAUCCGAACAAUCGAUACACGGUUAUAGGAGAGGAUGUAAGCGUUCGAGUUCAAGCCAAUAUGACGUUCAUCAACUUUUACUGGGAUGGUUUUGAAGAUGUAGCAGGAAUAGAUAAGUACGAGACGCGGAUUAGAAAAAAUAAAGUUGUGAUUGCAUCGUGGCAAUCGGUCGGUCUGAGGAACAGUGUAUCACAAACAAUAACGUCCGCCAAGGCAGCAGAUAUGAUUUACGUAGAUGUUAGAGCAGUCAACAAUGGCGGGUUCCAUAGUAACAUUUUGAACGCCUCUUUUGUACUGGACAACAGACCACCUAGUUUAACAGGGAAAUCUGCAUCCUUGAUAUCUAAUGGUGGAAAUCAAUCCAUACGGUGGUCCAAAGUGUUCUCAACUGGUCAAUAUGGUUCUACGAUCUACCAAGUCUCUGCUGGUUCAAGUGCUGGAAGUUCAGAUUUACAGUCGCCGAUAUCCACUCUGGUAGAAGAAAUGCAUUUUGAAUGGACCCCUGAUAGUUCCCAACAUCAGAUAUUUGUUAAUUUACUGGCUUUUGCACCAAAUGGGGAAUUCUCUAGAUAUCACACCAUGUUUUAUGUUUAAUAUGCAACCAUUUUUGGACACCCCCAGAAGAUGUACUUCUUGAACUAGUAGAAUAUAAUCAAUAUGUGUAUAAUCUUAGGUUUGGAGUGAUAUUUCUUCUAGCUUGCUUAUUACAGUUGCUGUUUUGUGUUUCAAUUAUUCAGAACAAAUAUAUUUGCUUGCA